CGACGUCACACCGGGGUCCUCCAUGAACUGAUGUCUCCACGUGAGUGUAUCAACAGCAUGAUGGCUGGCAUGUAAAUUCAGCCCUCGACUUGUUGGAGUUUUGUGAAGACUAAUUAACAAAGAGUUUGUCUGUAACGGAAGUAGCAGGAAGACGAUGGCAACAUUCCGCAAGAAGGUAGACAACCGGAUUCGUGUCCAGAUAGAGAAUGGAGUCGCUCUGCAGCAUCGGACCAUGUUUGUGGUGGUGGGAGAUCGUGGGAGAGAUCAGGUUGUCAUCCUGCAUCACAUGCUGUCUAAAGCCGCCGUCAGAGCACGGCCCUCGGUACUCUGGUGCUACAAAAAAGACCUAGGAUUCAGCAGCAAUCGAAAGAAGCGCAUGAGACAGCUGCAAAAGAAGAUAAAAACCGGCACGUUGAAUUUGAAUCAGGAUGACCCGUUUGAACUCUUCAUCGCUGCAACCAACAUCCGCUACUGUUACUACAACGAGACACACAAGAUCCUGGGAAACACCUUCGGCAUGUGCGUCCUGCAGGAUUUUGAAGCCAUCACUCCCAAUCUCUUAGCGAGAACUAUAGAGACCGUAGAAGGAGGUGGUAUAGUGGUGUUACUGCUGAGGACAAUGAACUCUCUCAAGCAGCUGUACACUAUGACUAUGGACGUGCACUCCCGAUACAGGACUGAGGCUCAUCAGGACGUGGUGGGAAGGUUCAAUGAGAGGUUCAUUCUCUCACUUGCAUCCUGCAAAAACUGCGUUGUCAUUGACGACCAACUCAACAUCCUGCCAAUCUCCAGCCACAUGGCAAACAUCAGGCCCGUUCCUCCAAAGACUCAGGAGGACGGUUUGUCUCCAAGAGAACAGGAGCUGAAGGAUCUGAAGGAGUCCCUUCAGGACACUCAGCCUGUGGGUGUGUUGGUGGACCGCUGCAGGACCAUGGACCAGGCUAAAGGAGUGCUGAAGUUCAUUGAGGCCAUCUCAGAGAAGACUCUGAGGAGCACUGUGGCCCUGACUGCUGCACGUGGUCGAGGCAAGUCUGCAGCACUGGGUCUUGCUGUUGCUGGAGCUGUGGCUUUUGGCUACUCCAACAUCUUUGUAACUUCACCAAGCCCGGACAACCUCCAUACCAUGUUUGAAUUCAUCUUCAAAGGCUUUGAUGCUCUGCAGUAUCAGGAGCAUCUUGACUAUGAAAUCAUCCAGUCUUUGAAUCCGGAGUUCAACAAGGCUGUGGUGCGGGUGAACAUUUUCAAAGAGCAUCGGCAGACAAUACAGUACAUCCACCCAGGUGAUGCAGUGAAGCUGGGCCAGGCUGAACUGCUGGUCAUUGAUGAGGCUGCAGCCAUCCCUCUUCCUCUGGUUAAGAAACUGCUGGGGCCUUAUCUGGUCUUCAUGUCCUCUACCAUCAACGGGUAUGAAGGCACAGGACGCUCUCUUUCCCUCAAACUGAUUCAGCAGUUGAGGCAGCAGAGCGCAGACAGUCAGCAGAACAUGUUGGCAGAGAACCGGACUGCCAACACAGCGAGGCUAGCAGCAGCUCGAUCUCUACAUGAGGUUUCUCUCCACGAGUCCAUUCGGUACGCUCCUGGGGACGCUGUAGAAAAGUGGCUAAAUGAUCUGCUCUGUCUGGACUGUCUGAACAUACCCAGGCUCAUUUCUGGCUGCCCACUUCCGCAGACUUGUGACCUAUAUUAUGUGAACAGAGACACGCUGUUCUGUUACCACAAGGCAUCUGAGGCUUUCCUGCAGAGGCUGAUGGCCCUCUACGUGGCAUCGCACUACAAGAAUUCACCAAACGACCUGCAGAUGUUGUCUGACGCUCCGGCACAUCACCUCUUCUGCCUCCUGCCUCCUGUUCCGCCCACACAGAACUCACUACCUGAGGUCCUCGCUGUGGUGCAGGUUUGUCUGGAGGGAGAAAUAUCUCGGCAGUCCAUCCUAAACAGUCUGUCCAGAGGAAAGAAGGCCUCUGGUGACCUCAUUCCAUGGACUGUGUCUGAACAGUUCCAAGACCCAGAGUUUGGCAGCCUCUCUGGAGGCAGAGUUGUGCGAAUAGCUGUCAAUCCAGACUACCAAGGGAUGGGCUACGGCUCCAGGGCUCUCCAGCUGCUGCAGAUGUACUACGAGGGCAAGUUUCCCACCAUGGAUGAGAGCACACGCUCAAAUCACAAUGAGAUCACCACCGUCAGCAGUGAGGCUGUCAGUCUGCUGGAGGAGGUGAUCACACCACGGAAGGAGCUCCCUCCUCUGCUGCUGAAGCUGAGUGAGAGGAGAGCCGAGAGACUGGACUAUCUAGGAGUGUCCUAUGGCCUUACUGCACAGCUGCUCAGAUUCUGGAAGAAAGCGGGUUACACUCCAGUCUACUUAAGACAAACCCCUAAUGACCUGACAGGAGAGCACUCUUGUGUGAUGCUGAAGGAGCUGAACACAGAUGAAACCCCAGAGCAGAGCCAGUGGCUCUCUGCCUUCUGGAAAGAUUUCCGCCGGCGCUUCCUGUCUCUCCUCUCCUACCAGUUCAGCAGCUACCAUCCAAGCCUGGCACUUAACAUCCUGCAGAACAAGAAGUCCAAGGAAGAUACGAGCACUCUCAGCAGCUCCGAGUUGGCAGGCCAUUUCAGCCCCUACGACCUCAAACGUCUGGAGUUGUAUUCGAGGAGCAUGGUGGACUACCACCUGAUCAUGGACCUGAUCCCAACAGUGGCACGCAUCUUUUUCCUCAAGCAGCUCGGAGAUGUCUCUCUGUCCGCAGCACAGUGUGCGUUACUGCUGGGUAUAGGGUUACAGCACAAAACAGUGGACCAGCUAGAAAAGGAAAUUGAACUCCCAAGCUCGCAGCUCAUGGGCCUUUUCAACCGUCUGAUAAGGAAAUUUGUGCAAGUCUUUACCAGUAUCCAAGAAAAAGCCAUUGAGGCACAGAUGGCGGCCACUAAAGAUGUUUCCAUGGAGCCGACUGUUGGAAGCCUUAAUGAUGAUCUGAAUGAAGCCGCUAAGGAGUUUGAGGAGAGACACAAGCAGGAUGUAGAGAAGGUGAAGGAAAUGGACCUGGAAGAAUACAAGAUCCGUGGAGAUGAUGAGGAAUGGGACCAGGUGUUGAAGAAAGCAGGGAACACGGCUAUCAUUAGCAUCAAGAGUGACAAAAAGAGGAAGUUGGACGGGGGAAAUGCCACAGCAAGCAAUGGGGCUGCCCAGCACGGGAAACUAAAAAAGAAGGAAAUCCAACACGGCAAAUUCAAGAAGAACAAGGACAAGCAUGGCAAAUUUGGAAAGAAGGCGUGACAGUGAACCGUGCUGCAUUGACAGCGCACUGACAGUGUGUGGCGCAGAGCAGCAUCAACAUGAUCUGCAAUUGGCAGACCUUUUGGAUAUCUUGGAUGGACUUGCAGAUACUGAAGAGCGCCCAAAAGACUGUAUUUCUACAUUUGUCAUAACAAGUUUGUUGCUUUGGUUUAUGUUAAGUGCAGAGAAACUGUAUAGCGGCAGAAAAUAACUCACGUACACUUAUUGUACUAAAUAGGUAAAAUUUACUUUCAAGUAUUUAAAACAUUUUCACAAUGUUUUAGAGUUCCCUUUUAGCUGAUGUCAUGACUUCUACAAGACUUGUAAAAAGUUAAUGGAAAGGUUGUUUUUUUUUUU